GCUCGUCUGUGUGUUCCGAGGGAGUGUGUCUAGGUGCUGAAUCUUUCCAUGUGUGGCGGUUCGAAAGGGAAACCUACUCCGGGAAGCUCCAUAAGGGAGAGUGAAUUCGAGAAGCAGAGGAUGGCGUCCUGUCAGUUUUCGAUCCUGCUCGAGCUAUCUGCUGCGGAUGAUCUGACGAACUUCAAGAGAGCAGUCGAGGAAGACGGCCACGAUAUCAACGAGUCGAGCUUGUGGUAUGGUAGGAGGAUCGGUUCGAAGAAGAUUGGGCUUGAAGAGAGAACUCCCCUCAUGAUUGCCGCCAUGUUCGGCAGUAUGUCCGUGCUGGAUUACAUUAUCAAGUCUGGCCGGGCCGAUGUAAACAAGGCGUGCGGUUCGGAUGGUGCUACCGCGCUUCACUGUGCUGCGGCUGGUGUCUCGGUACAAUCUCCUGAGGUGAUCAAGCUGUUGCUCGAUUCUUCGGCGAAUGCUAACUCCGUUGAUGCUAAUGGGAAACGAGCUGGAGACUUGAUUUCUGAGGUCUCUGGUUUGCCCUUCAAUUCGAGAAGGAAGGCUUUGGAUGUCAUGUUGACUGGUGAUGGGACUGGUGAGUUUCUCGAGGAAACUUAUAAUUUGCCCGAGAAUCUGGGUAGUCAAAUUGAAGGAAACGAACAAAAAGAGAGUCCAACGGCGCGAGCUUCCAAGGAUGGUUCUGAAAAGAAAGAGUAUCCCGUCGACCUUUCUCUUCCGGACAUCAACAAUGGAAUAUAUAGCACGGAUGAGUUCAGGAUGUAUUCUUUCAAAGUGAAGCCUUGCUCGAGAGCUUACUCUCAUGACUGGACUGAGUGUCCGUUUGUUCACCCUGGGGAGAAUGCAAGACGGCGCGACCCUCGAAAAUAUCACUACAGCUGUGUGCCUUGCCCUGAGUUCCGCAAGGGGUCAUGCAGGCAAGGUGAUAGCUGCGAAUAUGCUCAUGGUAUAUUCGAGUGCUGGCUUCACCCAGCUCAAUAUCGCACCCGUCUCUGUAAGGAUGAGAUCGGAUGCACCAGAAAAGUCUGUUUCUUUGCCCACAAACAUGAAGAGCUUCGUCCGUUGUAUCCAUCCACUGGUUCGGCGCUUCCUUCUCCGAGAUCAUAUUCGCCUGUUGCUGCUUCUCUAGACAUGGGAUCAUUGAGCCCUAUUUCUCUCGGUUCUUCUUCAGUCCGGAUACCGCCAACUUCAACGCCACCUAUGAGUCCAUCUGGGGCCUCUUCUCCUCUUGGUGGGUCGAUGUGGAAAAGCCAAAUUAAUAGCGCUCCGCCUGGCUUGCAGCUUCCUGGUAGCAGGUUGAGAAGCGCAUUGAGUGCUAGAGACAUGGAUUUAGAUGUUGACUUGAUCGGUCUAGAAAAUAACUAUCGUUUGCAGAAGCAGUUGCUUGAGCACUUUUCUGAUCUGUCCUCUCCUUGUGGUUGGAACAAUUCCUCGUCCACCACGUCGGCUUACCCUGAAUAUUCAGGUGACAUGACUGGAGAAAUGAGUAGAUUAGGAGUAAAACCAAAUAAUCUUGAGGAUAGUUUCAGGUCAUUGGACCCGACCCUCUUGCCUCAGUUACAAGGGCUGUCCCUUGAUGGCGCAGUAUCCCAGCUGCAAUCUCCUACUGGAAUGAAGAUUCGGCAGAACAUGACCCAGCAGCUCUACUCGAGCUACACCGACAAGCUUUCAUCCUCACCUAGGGCAUUGCCGUCAUUCGGAAUCGAUCCUUCCAGAGCUUCAGCAGCAGCCACUCUAAGUUCCAGGUCAUUGGCAUUCGCAAAAAGGAGCCACAGCUUCAUUGAGCGGAGCACAGUGAACUGUCAGUCUGGAUAUUCGUCGAGCGCGGCUUCUCCAGCUGCAAGGAUGUCAUCCCAUAACGACUGGGGCUCGCCGGAUGGCAAACUAGACUGGGGCAUUCAAGGGGUGGAGCUGAACAAGCUGAGGAAAUCUGCAUCGUUCGGGCUCAGGAGCAGCAGCAACCGCUUCCUUGCCUCUGCAGAUUCUGCGACAGCAAGUUUAGGGGAACCGGACAUGCCUUGGAUUCAGUCCUUGGUCAAGGAAGCCCCACCGAAAAGCCCCGGCAAUUUUGGAGGGGAGCAUCAGCAGCAGCCGCAGCAGCAGCAGCAGCAGCAGCAGUAUCAUCUCAAUUCCGGAGGUACUGAGCUGCUUCCAGCUUGGGUGGAGCAGUUGUACGCGGAUCAGGAGCAGCUGGUGGCUUGAGAUCAACAUUGGCUUCUUACCUAACCACUAUUAGUCAUUUCCUUAUUGCUUUAAUUUUUUUCGUCUGAGUCAAGUAUUAAUGUAGCCGAACGAACUGGGAAAUUAAAUCUAGAGGGAAGAUGGGAAGAAAAGAGCAGGAUGGAAGGUUUCUGCUCGGUCCGAGAGUUCUCAUAGUUUAUAUAGCAUAUCUCAUUUUUUUUCCCUCCCAACGUUCUUGAUUUGGUUCUCAUCAUGUUUUCGGGAUGAGGCUUACGAACUCUGUAAUCGUGUCUUGCUAAAAGAAUCAGAGCUGCACCUGGUAAAGGUUGCGAUACUACCGCCUGUUGGUGAUAAUAAUAAUAAUAAUUCGGACAUUUAGUACCAA